GAUUUGAUGCCGGCCUCCUCGCUCACUGGUAUUACCGUUGAUGAAAUCAAAGCUAUACCAGCAGCCGAGUUCAAGACAUGUUACAGCAAGCUCGGAGUACCGGUUUGGAAUAAGACUAAAUGUGAUGAGCUGUACAAGAGAAUUAAAACGGAUGUAGCUAACGGGAAUAUGUGCACCACUACCGUACAAAUCUUACAGGACACAAAGAACAUCCUCCUUUGUAUGCCAGUCGCUGACAUCGACUGCCAACUAUUCGAUACGGAUGCAAAAACCAAGGCUUUUGGGGACCUCAGUGGCUGGACCUUUGCUCAGCUGACCACACUCGGGACACGCUACAAGAAAGCAACGGGUGUGAAAUAUAAACCGGUCGACUUCACCGACACCACCAUUAAAGCGCUUGGGCGAAUCCUUUGUGGGCUGCCCGCCAACGACCUCACAACCAUCAAUCCAGCAAAUUUCAAGACUGCCCUGCCAGCACAGAACGCGGCGAAGAUCUAUGAUACCUGCCCCAAGGAUCCAGUGUUAGCUAACCUGUUGACUGUCUGCAAGCAGGCCACUGCCUACGGACCAAUUAAAGGCUGGACCAGUUCAAUCAUCUCUGAAGUUGGUAUUCUCUUGUCCGCUGCUACUCCGGAAGAUGUAAAAACUCUUGGUGCAAAUAUCAAAGAAGUAGACCAAAGUGCCUUGCAGAAUAUGAACAAGGCUUCUCUUCAGGCCAUCGCGCCGGAAAAUGCCCUCAAUUUGCCAAGCACUCUCCAGAAUUCCCUUGGCGUAGGAUCGAACGGAACUGCAACUGGAAAUAAUAAGAAAGCAUCAUCCGCCGGUUAUGUCAAGCUGGAACACUUCCUUCUCGCGGGGACCGUGACCUUCGUAUUUUGGGUCACAGGGAGGUAUUAGGAAGAACGUUACCAUGUUCUACAUAGUAUUACGAACUGGUGACCCUCGGAAAAUCUCGAUGACUUGAAAAAACAUAAGUUUCGGUCACUAUGUUCGAUCUUUACUAUAAACGUCAUCUUCGACAUUAAGUACUGUUUGUAAGUGUUUUAUCACAAGUUGCGAUCCACAAAAACGCAAAUUUUAAGUACAUGACUUGUAGAAUUACAGGCAAGGCAACAGUUUGAUAGAUCAGAUUAAUAACGCGUAUCUUAGAUUCUUUAAAACAAAACGGAAGAACAUCAUGUAGGUUCAUUAUUUUCAAGGUGACGUUCUAUCGUUUUGAUUUUUAUUUACUGUUGAAUAUAUUAAAUUUCAAUCGUUAUUUCAAGGCCGAGUUAACUCGCCUCGCCAUUUGCGCGCGUACAAUAACGUACAUGUACAAUAAUGUACAACAUAUUUUACUACAUACACUGUACAUGUAAGUAUACGUUUUGCUUGCGUACACCAAGUACACUAUUCAGCAUUGAAAAUGGAUUUCUUGACAUAACCUUGCAGUGAAAAUGAGAGAAAAAAAUCGAAGCAUAGCUCAGCUUUUAUACUGAAGGAAAAAAACUGAAAUACCACAUGCAUGCAAACGAAUUGUUUGCGCAUGCGCUCAUUUUAUCAGUUAAAAUAAUUUUAGGAAUAAUUUUGAUUUUUCUUUCUCAUUCUUCUCCGUUUUGAUCCAAAACAUGGUCGCAGGAUCAAUAUACGAGGCAGCAUUGAAUGAUUGAAUCCGUUUUGACAAUGAGCUGAUUGUGGGUGAUUUUUUUUUUAUAAAUUGUAUAUUUCAUCAGAAUUAUCAAGAACGUCCCUUUAACUUCCACUUUAACGAAUUUAGCCCAUUCCAAUCACAAUAUGUUUGAAUUCAUGUUGGCGUUAAACUCUUGAGCUUGGCCAUCGUUUUCUUUUUGAAAAUUUUUUUCAUCUGAUUUCAAGAGUUGGCCAUCAAUUUAACCGUCCUACGAAUUGCUCUGUACAUUUUACCCAUAGGAUUGGGAAGCUCGGUAAACCUGCACGAACAUGACAUCAGGAUAUAAUUAUCAAAAUGAUAUAUAACCUGGUUGACAAAGGGGUUGACAUGCCAUGUCUGUUAUGAUAUCAUAUGCUCGUUAAGUGAUAUACAACGUACUAUGUAGAUGUAAUGUACAGCAGGAAGAAACACACAGAAUAUACUGUGUACGUAUGUCCCGCACAAUACAUACAUGUGUUGACACUGUACAUCAUGCAAUGUGCAUGUACAUUUUGUAUUUUGAAGUACUUUCAAGGUAUACGCGUCCUCGAGUCUGCAUCUGUUACCCAACACACCCUGGUGUGGAAGGUUCACUGAGCAGUGUUACUUAUGAUGCCAGACGGGUUGCUGACGGGACAAUUGCUGGACUGUGUGAUUCUGACCCACAGCCUGUCUAAAGAGCCAAAACAAAUUAUCUUUCAAUCAAGCUUUCUCAUCGGUUUGCUAUUUGGGAAAUAUUGAAAAUGUGCGUAGUAGCCAAGAAUAAUAAUAGCAUCCUCCUACUCGGCAACCGCGCAUGCGACUUCCCAUUAAAUUGUGAAUCGUGAAAAUGAUAGGACUUCGCCUUCGUGAAGCGGUAUCUAAUUGGCCCAAUACAUAGGCAGAUUGUCGGUGUCGAGAUGAUCGCGGUCCGUUCUAGUUCCUCGCUAUAUCCAGAGGCAGAAGUAGCAGAGCCCAAUUCCGGGUCUUAGUUUGAUUCUUACAUACAAUACACAGAUUAUUUUUCUAUCCAAUAAUGCAGAUAUAAUAGUUUCAAGAUGUUACGAGAGUAAUUUCUUUCUCCAAAUCAAACUACCUUUCUACACGUGUCGUAUAUAUCCUAAUAAAAUUGUA